AUGGAGAAGAAAAUCCCACUCAAAGAUGAAGCCUUUUUGCAGCAUCCAAUUCUGUUUGUCCUAGUUCUGGUUUCGGCCUUGGUUAUAAUGGAUCCUUUAAAGAUGGGUCCUCUCGGAGGCCGCGAGUAUAGGCCGGUGAAGCACAGCAUUGCACCGUACAAGCAAGUCAUGGAGAGUUGGCCAAGAGACAACCAAAGCAGGCUCGGACGUCUUGGGAAGUUGGAGUUUGUAGGAGAAGUUUUUGGCCCUGAAUCUUUGGAGUUUGAUAAUCGCGGCUGCGGACCCUACACCGGGUUGGCCGACGGCCGCAUUGUCCGGUGGAUGGGAAAAGAUGUGGGAUGGGAGACAUUUGCUCUUGUCACAAAAAAUUGGUCAGAGAAGCUUUGUGCUAAAGGCACUGACUCAACUACAACCAAGCAAUGGAAAGUUGAGAUGAAAUGUGGUCGUCCUCUGGGCCUAAGGUUUGACAAAGAGAGUGGAGAUUUGUACAUUGCUGAUGCAUAUUAUGGGCUUCUGGUCGUUGGGCCUGAAGGAGGAAUUGCCAAUCCCUUGGCAGCCCAUGUGGAUGGGAAGCCCAUACUCUUUGCAAAUGACCUUGACAUUCACUCCAAUGGGUCCAUUUUCUUCACUGACACUAGCCAGAGAUACAACAGAGUGGAUCAUUUUUUUAUACUAUUGGAAGGAGAAGCCACAGGGAGGCUUCUUAGAUAUGAUCCUCCAACUAAGACAACCCAUGUUGUACUCGAUGGUUUGGCUUUUCCAAAUGGGGUACAGAUAUCGAGAGACCAGACUUUCCUCCUUUUCACCGAGACCACCAACUGCAGGUUAAUGAAAUAUUGGCUAGAGGGUCCAAAAACAGGACUUGUGGAAGCAGUUGCAAACCUGCCAGGAUUCCCAGACAAUGUAAGAAUAAAUGAAAAAGGACAAUUCUGGGUUGCUAUAGACUGUUGCCGGACUCCGGCACAAGAGAUCUUUAGUCACAAUCCAUGGAUAAGGAGUGUCUACUUCCGCUUGCCGGUUCGGAUGAGCUUCCUGGCACGACUUAUGGGGAUGAAAAUGUACACCGUCAUCUCGCUCUUCAACGACAAGGGAGAGAUUCUUGAAGUUCUUGAGGAUCGAAACGGUACGGUUAUGAAACUGGUGAGUGAAGUUAGAGAAGUGAAUGGGAAAUUGUGGAUUGGAACUGUGGCUCAUAACCACAUUGCCACUCUUCCUUACCCUUAA